UAAAGAAAUAUGCGAUUAUUUUUCUUUCUCGAAAUGAUAAAAAAUUAUAAAGCAAAAUUUAAAAACAAUAGUACUAAAUCCAGCUUCAAGUAUUUCGAAAUAUUUGAUAAUUACGCCUUGGAUUGUAAAACCAGGCGUGUUACGCAAUUCACUUUUCACUGUCAAAUUUUGAGUUAAUCCUAUAAUCGUAAAUAUUUACUUCAAUAUUUAAGACAUGCAUCUUUCAGUUAUAGAAUACUACAAUGUAUAGCUUAGCUGAUUGUAUUUUCAGAAAUAUGCAAUGAGAUGUUGGAAAUAUGUAACGAGUUUGGAAUAGGUUUACUGGGUGCUCAGUUAUUUUUUUUUUUUCAAAGUAUGAAUGACCUUACCAAGGUUAUAAUACUUCGGAAUUAUCUCUUUGAAUUUGCGUGACAACUUAAGUCUUUUUAUCAGCUAUGGAUAAUAAAGAGCAGGCGGUAUUGGAAAUAAAUAAAUUUUGCUUAGGUUCAUUAGACAAGGGGGAACAAAAACAUAAAAGAGAGCCAUCUGGAAGUAAAGAAUUCCAUGAAAUUACUAAGCGAGAUGCUCCAGCCAGACUUAGAUCUGAGUUAGAUAAACUUAUUGAAGAACACCCUGAGAAAUUGAGAGAAGAAUGUAGAAAAGAAUUGAAUGGUUUCGCUGAGCUUUUUGGCAGAUACUUGUCUGAAAGUUCAACUGAAAUAAAAUGGGAAGCUAUUCAGAAGUUGCCUCCAAAUUCUAUCUUACAACAUGCUGAUCUCCCGUCUCCGUCCAUGGAAAAUGUUAAGGAUAUGUUAAAUAAAUUAGUGAUGAUCAAGCUGAAUGGAGGUUUGGGAACAUCAAUGGGAUGUCAUGGACCAAAAUCUUCAAUAACAGUUCGUAAUGAUCUCACAUUUCUGGACCUCACUGUACAGCAAAUUCAGAAUUUGAAUAAGACGUAUGAUACCAACGUGCCUCUAGUUUUAAUGAAUUCUUUUAAUACAUCGGAGGAAACUGCUAAAAUUAUACAAAGAUAUGAAGGCCUUCAAUUACAAAUUUAUACUUUUUCACAAAGUGCUUAUCCCCGCAUUUAUAAGGACACUUUACUACCAGUACCGAAAAAUUGUGUAGUUGAUAAAGACUCUCAAGGUUGGUAUCCUCCGGGCCAUGGAGAUUUUUAUAAGAGUUUUAAAAACUCUGGUCUUUUGGAUAAAUUUAUUGAAGAGGGGAGAACUUACUGCUUCAUAUCUAAUAUUGAUAACUUAGGUGCUACAGUUGAUUUGAAUAUUCUAAAUCACAUCUUCCAUUCACAAGUUGAACCAGAAUUUCUAAUAGAAUUGACUGACAAAACCAAGGCUGACGUUAAGGGUGGAACAUUGAUACAAUAUCAAGAUAAGCUGAGAAUUCUUGAAAUAGCUCAGGUUCCUAAAGAGCAUGUGGAUGACUUUAAAUCAGUUAAGACUUUUAGGUAUUUCAAUACCAACAACAUUUGGAUUCAACUCCCAGCCAUAAAAAAAGUCUUAGAACAAGGUCUUUUAAAUAUGGAAAUAAUUGUGAACCCUAAAACCUUAGACAAUGGUGCAAGUGUUAUUCAGCUUGAAACUGCUGUUGGAGCAGCAAUGAAGUCUUUUAAUGGAUGUAUUGGAAUAAAUGUUCCUCGUAGAAGGUUUCUUCCAGUGAAAAAAACAUCUGAUAUGUUGCUUGUUAUGAGUAAUCUUUACAAAUUAUCUAACGGCCAUUUAGUAAUGUCUCCUGAUCGACUAUUUCCUACUACUCCUCUCGUUAAGUUAGGAGAUAGACAUUUCUCCAAGGUCAACGAGUUUCUCAACAGAUUCGCUUCAAUUCCUGAUAUAUUAGAUUUAGAUCAUCUCACAGUUUCUGGUGAUGUAACUUUUGGACGAAAUGUUGUACUUAAAGGGACAGUGAUCAUCAUUGCAAAUCAUGGUGAUAGGAUUGAUAUACCCUCUGGAGCGAUUCUCGAAAACAAAAUAGUAUCAGGCAACUUGAGGAUAUUAGAUCAUUAACCCCUUUGUCAAAUUGAAAUAUAUAUAUAAGAAAACUGUACUGUUAUUUAUAAAAAUAUAAAUUAUAUGCUUAAUGCAUAUAUGACCAUCUAUUGUUGAAAAUAUAUUUUUUCCGUUUCACAA